GCUGACUCAUCAGUAGAAAUUGGGAAGAGCUGCAGAAGAGAAGGCAAACAGACAAGCUGAUAACUCAAAGAAAUACUCUUUUGAGUCGGGGGUUCAGAGUGGAGCCAUCAUGAGCGAUGUUACCAUUGUGAAGGAAGGCUGGGUUCAGAAGAGGGACAAUACCCGCUCAGAUGUGACAGCAUUUGUGACAUCACCAGUACAGACUUUCACAAGGAUUUUGAAGUCAGUGUUGAGAAUAUAUAAAAAACUGGCGGCCAAGAUAUUUCCUGCUAAAGACAGAUGGCUCUUUCAUAGGCUAUAAGGAGAAGCCCCAGGAUGUGGAUCUGCCAUAUCCACUCAACAACUUUUCAGUGGCAAAAUGUCAGCUAAUGAAAACAGAGAGACCAAAGCCAAACACAUUCAUUAUCAGAUGUCUUCAGUGGACCACUGUCAUAGAGAGGACGUUCCAUGUAGACACUCCGGAGGAACGGGAAGAAUGGACAGAAGCAAUCCAGGCUGUAGCAGACAGACUUCAGAGGCAAGAAGAGGAGAGGAUGAACUGUAGUCCGACUUCACAGAUAGACAAUAUAGGAGAAGAAGAGAUGGAUGCUUCAACAACCCAUCAUAAAAGAAAGACAAUGAAUGAUUUUGACUAUUUAAAACUACUGGGCAAAGGCACGUUUGGCAAAGUUAUCCUGGUCCGAGAGAAGGCUAGUGGGAAAUACUACGCUAUGAAGAUUUUGAAAAAAGAAGUCAUUAUUGCAAAGGAUGAAGUGGCUCAUACACUUACAGAAAGUAGAGUAUUGAAAAACACCAGACACCCUUUUUUAACGUCCUUGAAAUAUUCCUUCCAGACAAAGGAUCGUUUGUGUUUUGUGAUGGAGUAUGUUAACGGAGGAGAGCUGUUUUUCCAUUUGUCGAGAGAGCGGGUGUUCUCAGAGGACCGCACACGCUUCUAUGGUGCAGAAAUUGUCUCUGCCCUGGACUAUCUGCAUUCUGGGAAGAUUGUGUAUCGUGAUCUCAAGUUAGAAAAUCUAAUGUUGGAUAAAGAUGGACACAUAAAAAUUACAGAUUUUGGACUUUGCAAAGAAGGAAUCACAGACGCAGCAACUAUGAAAACAUUCUGUGGUACUCCAGAAUACCUGGCGCCCGAGGUGUUGGAAGACAAUGACUAUGGUCGUGCAGUGGACUGGUGGGGAUUAGGAGUUGUCAUGUAUGAAAUGAUGUGUGGAAGAUUACCGUUCUACAACCAAGAUCAUGAGAAACUAUUUGAACUGAUACUAAUGGAGGACAUAAAAUUUCCUCGAACUCUGUCUGCAGAUGCAAAAUCAUUACUAUCAGGCCUACUGAUAAAGGAUCCAAAUAAGCGACUUGGUGGAGGCCCAGAUGACGCAAAAGAAAUCAUGCGUCACAGUUUCUUUGCUGGAGUAAACUGGCAAGAUGUAUAUGAUAAAAAGCUUGUACCUCCUUUUAAACCUCAAGUGACAUCUGAGACAGACACCAGGUAUUUUGAUGAAGAAUUUACAGCUCAGACUAUUACAAUAACACCGCCUGAAAAAUAUGACGAGGAUGGUAUGGACUGCAUGGACAAUGAGAGGCGGCCGCAUUUCCCCCAGUUUUCCUAUUCUGCAAGUGGACGAGAAUAACUUUUCUGUUCUGCUGCUUCACUGUCAUCUUAGGUUUAUCACUGAAAAUGAUUCCUGAGCAUCACCACCAGUACUAGAUACUAUCUAAGAUAGCGGGGGCACUUUCAGAGACCGUUCCAAAUUGAACAAAUUUCUUUCCCAAACCUGCCUAAAAUCCAGUUUGGUUUUGCAUGGAAUAUGAGAUUUUUUUUUCUACUACGCUCUCCUGCUGUUGCUGCUGCCCACGGUCUCAGUGUAAUAGCAACGUUGAGAAGUUACUAACAGUUUCUUUGAAGGCAGAUGACUUGACUUCAGCAUUGUACACUUUGUGCACAAGUAGUCAUCUAUUUUUCCUCACAGUGGAGGCUAAACAAAAAAUGUGUUGGUCCAGCUUAUCUUCUUCCAGAAGAUGAAUCAAAAUUGUAAUUAGUCUAAAAAGACUAGUCUAUAACGUUUUCUAGCAUCUGGUUGUGCUGGUUAGAACAAGGAAACAUAGGGGUGGUGAUGUACAUAUGCAAGGUUUUUGUUAGGCAUAUCAUUACUUGAAGCAGGUCUCCGUCAUUAACAUCUGGCUGGAAUUUGUUUGGGAAAUGUUUGAGAGAAGGACUUAAACUGUUGAUAUAUAUAAAUAUAUAUAUAUAUUAUUUUUUAAUUACUGUUGGAUACUACAUAAGAAGCAGAAGGGCUGGGCUCACCCAGCCUGCCACUUAGAACUUCCAGGUUCAUGUGCAAUCAUGGAGAAUCUAACAUUACACAUGCAAGAAAUGAAGGCAUAAAAGCAGCAGUUGAAGUUGUUUAAGGGGUCUUAUAAUUUGCACCAGAUAACAUCUUUCUCAUGCUUUUCUUUUUCUUUCAUGAUAUACAUCACCUCUGAUGGCUGAAGAAUGUAGACAGGCAUAAUGGUAUUGCUUUUCACCAAAAUGUGUGCACCAAGGUAAACAGGUGUUUGCCUUACUCGUUUUUAUUUUGAGUUUGUGAAUUAGCUUUUUCUCCAGGUGUUUAACUCUGAAGAUUUUUUUUUGUUAUACUGCAGUAGUAUUUAUUUUUAGAGAUAAGGAUUGUAUGUGUCAUGUUUGCAAAUGCUGCUACAUCUUAGAUAGAACAGGCUUAGAGCAGUUAAUUUUGUAAUAUAUGGAAGGACUGUACAAGCUGAAGGGAAUAAUGCACUUUUCUCCCAUGUGGAAAUUUUAACAAGGCUCUGAAAUUGUACAUACUGCUUAGAAUCAGAUUUUUGUGAAUGAAAUACUGUCUUUUAAUUGUUUGGCAAUGGAGGUGACGAAUUCCAGCUUCAUGUGCCAAAGGGUUAAAAACAGACUAAAAAGCUACAUCUUGUGCCCUAUUGAGGAUAAACGUAAGAGCCUGACGGCACAAUAGACAAUUGCUGUUCUAAAUGAAGGAAAUGCAUUUGAACAACGAGAUCACAGUGAUUACAAGAAAAGCACUUUAUUUUAAUAGUUAAAACAGUAAAUUUCUGGGACCAGCCAUUCUCAAGCAAGGUUUGCCCUCAACAAAAAGUGUCCCGAAACCCAGCAUGUUACGUAUAACCGUGGUACCUGAUUGACUCAAUUUAAAACAUCACAAGAAACGCUCCACUGAUAAGAAAACGUCUUUCCAUUUCAGAAGAUCUGUAUCUAACAGAACAUGUGCAUAAACUUUAGCUUGGAUCUUCAGCAAUGAUAAUCUCGAUAACAAACCCUUUGGUGCUAGGAGCCGGGGCACGACGCGGUGCCGUGCCCGCGCGCACGCGCCCUUGCUAACGCCGUCUGAAAGCCCCGAAUCCAUGGGAUUAUCAUGCGAAGUAUCUUUGCGCUCGGAUCGUGUCAGCUCCCGCCAAGACUGUGAUAUCGCUGGGCACGGGGGGUCGUGCAGUGGGAGCGAGCAGCUGGCUCUGCACGGAGCUGUGCUCCCACGCGGCUGCCGUGGCCUCUCCACGGGGGAAGCUGAGUGCCCGAGCACGCAGCCCACUGCUGGCAGUGCCUGUGCUGGGACAGUCGAGGGGUAGGUGGACAUUUUAGCAAGGCAGCUAAAGACACAGACUAAUUUAGACAAUUUUUCAUGUUUUGUGUGUUAUCUUUAGUAAUGGAUGGAUAAUCAGUCAGGAAUAUAUCAUGAUGUGUAUUCUAACUAUAUAGGAUCUUGUUCUGUCUCUGUGUAACACUAAACACGUGUGUAGAGUAUCCCUCUUUGGAGAGAGAGGAGCACAGCAGGUGUGUGGCAGGGGUGUCUACACUGACAUGGCGAGUGAGGGACUGAAAUAACUGAGUACUUCACAGACGGGCAUUAACUAGUUCUCUGCAAAGGCCUCGUACUUACAGACUUAAACUAUGGUGAUACAAAAUCUGUGUUAUAUGCCUGUGUUUUUUCUCCCCUAUGUUUUCAGCUUGUGAUAGCAAUAAGUUUCUUGCCACAGGGCACCUCUGGCCACCGACCAACAGGUGCCGUGCCUCUGGCCAGCCGCUCCUCACCUGCAGGAGAAACCCUGUGGCUGCUCACCAUCGCCUAGCUAGGUAGAAUGCAGUUUGCAGUAGAUACCUGUCAGUGAAUUAUUUGAAAACCUUUUAAGGCUUCACUUCGCAUUGUACUGUCCGCCUUCCAAAACGUCAUUGAGCACGUUUAUGCUACAGAGAGAGUCAGUGGCCACGUUGUGCUGCCAGGGUUGGGGAUUCUCUCUCUUACCAGUGUUAGACAAAAGACAAGUGGGCAAGGGGUGCCGAGAGGAACGUUUGAAGAAGUUCUUUUGCUGUUUGUGGUUGUGGUUGGAUUUGGCCAGGAGGUGGUGGCUGGUUACCUGGGCGAGCCUUCCGAGCACAGGACAUUUCAGACUCUGACUCCAGCUUGUACUGAUUUCCAUGCCAUGUGUGUGCCCUUGUACUGCAGCCAUCUCGGAGGAAAUAGGUCAUUUCUCUUUGGAUUCUGGCAGUUUUGCACACAGCUUCGCUUUCCACACUAAUCCAUCUCCCAGUACAUUCCUGUCGCUUAAAGAACGUUUAUUCCAGUAUUGUUUUACAUUCUUUUCCAUCUUUACUUGCAGCUUCUUCAAGCUGACUGUUCUUGCAGGGGCCAUGUGCUUCUCCUAGAGUACAAAAGUAAGGUCUUUCCUUACUAACUGCAGGGUCUAUAUAUUACACCUCAAUGUACACACUUUGCUGCUACUGUUUGUACUGUCUACAGUAGAAUUUCCUUAUCUUGCUCCUGGUAGUGCAUUACAGGCAAGCAUGAAAUGUAAAGUAUUUAUUUAAAUAAAAACCUCUAAAUUGGUAAUUGAAUUACCUCCCUGUAGCUUUAGAGUUUGUGACAUUUCUUGACCUUGCUAGUUCUUUCAUUAGAUCCAUGCAAGAUCUAGUCAUAUGGUUAAGGAUAUUAAGCAGACACGACUAUGAACCCAAGAAACCGGAUUACUGUUGGUCAUACUUAAACUGUUUAUUUCCUUAAGUAUAUGACCCACAAGGAUGUGAAAUAACUACAAGAAACUGUUUUUGUACACUGUACAUCCUUAGUAUUUUUACACAUAUAUGAUAGGGAUGCACAUUAUUUUCCUUCGUACAGACAGCUUAAAUAAAGCACUAUGUCAAUCUGCUACUUCUGUGUUUUUUAAUGCUAAUUUGUUCUGGAGGUUUGUAAAUAUAUAUAUAUGUUCAAGCUUGCCACAAAGGACGUAUUUUUUUAUAUCUGCACAUUACUAUUAAAUAUCUUAGAGGAUAAAAUUCCUACUUUGUUCUGUGUCAGAGAAAGAAAAACUGAAAUGAGAAGGCUAUAUUGCAGAUUACAAAAGAUUUCUCAAGUUUUGGGUUAAAUAUUUACUUCAUAUUUUAAAGUAAUUUUAUAUAGGUUAGAUGUUUCAAUCCUGAAAUGCACAAAGAAUUUACUUAAUUUCUUCUUACAAGAAAAUGUACAUCGUUAUUUUUUUAUCACUGUGUAUAUAAUGAUCUGUGCAUGUUUAGUUACAAGUUUUAUUUGCUGUGAAGUCCUAGUGAUAACUGUAACUUGCUGUGACGUAUUUCAAAUACUGGGUGAUCAGUUUCAGCUUGUAAAUUAUUAAGUUACAGUAUUGUCAAAAAAAAAAGCUUUUAUGACUAAGCAAGAUGUAUCUGUGCUUUGGACCAAGGCUAUUUCCAUACAGGUGGUUCGUGUUAACUCUACGAGAUGUAUGUCACUUGUAAAAGUAAAUUUGGGUUACACUUUUAAAGUAAUGAUUACACAGGGCUACGUUCCUGUCAGAACACCCACGAUUUAAGUGAUUUGUCAUCUAAUGAAAUUCAUAGCCUCAGCCCAUAGUCAGGAGAGAUAAAACGGGCAGGUGAGAUUCACAGGGCAUCUCCUGGUGGGACUCUUUGAAGCCUGCAAGCUGGUCCAGGCCUGUUUGAACCAGCAGACUGGGCUGAGUGUCCCUAAGGGAGGUGGUCAGCCGGGGUUUAGCUCAGCUCUUGAGUUCUUGGACAUGAAUGCUUCCCUGGGGUAGAGGUGCUCCAGACAGCUCUCAGCUUUUUCUUCCUUUUUUUUUUUGUUUCCUUUCCCACAUUUUAGCAGGAAAGAGCAGGAGGCAGCCAGCCAUCGGUGCGGUGAUACGCAGAGACGAGGGACCAGGAUGUGGCAGCAGCAGGACUGUCUGCUCAGGCUGCACCUGUGAUGCAGGAUCAGGCUCUGGCUGUAGAUCUGGGCUUGCCUGGCCUAGAUUGUCUGGUCUGACACUUGUGGACUUUGUAAAACUAAGCUUUUUGUGCCUAUGUAGAAGGUGGGAGGGUAGAACAUGUAACAGGUAGACCUGGUGCUGUCUUGUGCUUAAUGAAGUAGAGUAGCUGCUGCAGAGAAAUUGAUUCCUCCUACUCUCCCAGCAACGUAACAAAUUGAGUCUGUGCCUGGGAUGAGUAUGAAAACCUCCUCCAGGUGCAUACUCUCACAGCCCAGGAUGUGUUGUUGAACUCAAACAUGUGUGGACACGGAUGGCUGGCAGCAGUGCUCUGCCCACAGCCACCAAAGCCACCUGCUAGGUGAGGUAGGUCCAGAAAGGUUGAGGGUCCGGCUGUGCCUCAGGCCAGGGCAGGGCAGCUCCAGGGUCUCAGUGAAGCCUCAGUGUUGGGACUGGGUGCGCAUGUAGCCUAUGGGCAUUUUCUUCUAUUUAAGCACAGAUCUAUGCUGUGAAAUAAUUAAAAAAAAAAAAGCUUGCAUAUUCCUAUGCUUAUAAAUAUACAUUCUUACCUGUGCAACCAUCUAUAAAGUGGUACCAUGUAUAAAAAUUGUCAACUUACUUAAUUACGGUGGAGAACCCAGAGUUUGACUAGGGAGGAUUUAUCUUCAUCAGGCUUUCUCAUCCCUGAAGACCUGAGGCCAUUUUAAGCAUGUUUAUUGUCAUAUUGGUGAAGCAGUUGAGGGAGGAGCUCAGAUGUGUUUGGCAGUUUCAUAUGGCAGGAAAUGAAAUAGGAAGGCCAAACCACUUUGAUGUAAGGGCUGUACACUAAUAAUUCUUAAAAUACAAGGGAAGGAAAGAUUGUGUCCCACAGCAAAUGGUAACUUACUGCAUGUGGUAUUACUCCUAUUUUUGUUACAUUUUAUGUUCUUGCUGGCUGAGGAGGCUUGAUUGAAAAGGGUCUUUGUGCUUUUUUCUUAUAUGAUUAAUUUAACCUACACCAGUUAAUAAAAGAUUGGGCUAAAUUCUUUCUGAAACAGGUUUGUAUUUGGAAAGUAACUUCUAAAACACAAGUACACGGUCAACCAGAAAAAAAAAGCACCCUCCAACUUUAUCUUCCAAAUGUUUUUAGUUCAAUAAUUCAAAGCCAGGGAUGGCUAAAUGCUGCUGGAACAGUCUCGUAUGACUUCAGUGUUGAGAGCCAGGCACCUCUCCUACAGCUCAGCCUUCACUAAGGGUUCCUUUGCCUUUACCCAUUGAAUGUUUUGAAGGGAAACCUGGCCCAUGGAGAUUCUUCUACAAUGUAUGGAACAUUUCGCAGUCAUUCUUACACUUUCCUGAUGGCUAGGUAGUUGUUGGGACUCUUGUAUAAACAGUGACAAAUAGCCUGUAAAAAUAAGGUUCCCAGGUAGAUUCUGGUAAUGAGUUUAUAACGAGGAGCGCAGUUGCGCCUGUGCAGGACUUACAUGCAGUAUCCUUGUCCCUCCUCCCCCUGCACAUGCUUUCACUCGACUUCAAAAGGACAGAACCAGGAGGAAAAAAAAAAAUCAAAUUAACUUUAUUGGUGUUUGUCUGUAAAUAAGGCAUCUAUGUUCAAUUAUAAAAAUAGAUAAAAACAUUUUAUAAAAAAAUUGUACAAAUUAUUAAUUAAGUCCACACUACGUAAUAGCUGUUAAAACUAGCUUACAAGCAUAGCCUUUUCAGGAAAGUUUCAGCUUUCUUCCUAGGAAGUUUGUUAGGCUGGUAACGCUUCAAAAUAUUUAUGAGUCUGUGGUUAAAAACAAAUAGAAACCAGUUGAAAUUAGCCAGGAAGUGUGCCUGUUUUCUGCAGAGGUGGCUUAGGUGAACAAGACAAGCCCAAGUUUCAGCCGGGGGCAGAGCAGACCUGAAAGAUAAAAGAUAAGCAUAGAAGUCAGUCGUCUGUAUGGGGUUGCUGGUGGUUCUUAUUUGUGUCACUUCAGCCUGCGGGCAGGUUCUUAGAAGAGAGAUACAGACCCGGCUGAGGCUGUGGUAAUGUGAUGUAAACAAGUGCUGCUGUCCUCGCCUCUGGCUGAGAUCAGGAGUCGUACAGGUAGCAAGAACAAGAGCUAUUUGAUUUCCGAGAAACAGGAUCUCCAUGUGCUUUAGACAUGGCUUGUGUUUAGCAGUAAAUAACUGAGCUCUUGUUUUGGGGCACGUCUAAGAUCCUGCCCCUUCCCCUUUCCAGGAAGGAGGCUGCAGGUUUGUGCCAGCGAGUGUUUACUGUGAAUUGUGUGGCGUGUGCUGGGGGUGGGCGGCUGCAGCAAAACAGGAGCCUGCUGCCCGGGCCGGUAGGAAACCUCUGGUGGGAAGACUAAUUCCCAGUUUCGAAGCUCUUGCAUAGCUAUUGUUUGUGCUUCCUCAGCAGCACUUCCGGACUUAAUUAAGAGCGAGACAUCAAACGGUAUUGGAGCUGGGGGAGCUAUCUAGAAUUAAGCCACUGGAGUUCUAAAAUUUGAAUUUAAGAGAUGUAAAUGACCUCAGAAAUAAAAAUAAACUUUAUACUUUGGCUGGUUUUGCA